UUCUCUUCUCAAAUCCCCAGUUUUUCACUCUCAAAUCUUCAAUCCUUCUCUCUCAGAUCUUUUCUUCCAUUUGAAGAUUCGAUCUCUUCUUUCCUCUGAACUUUCAGAUCUCCAAUACCCCUUCAUCGACCUUAAUCCUUCUAAGGUCAAUCUCCCACAAACACUCAACAACUUCGUUCUUCAAUUUACACUUCCUCUCAACUCAUCACCAUGGAACCACGAACUCUGCAACUAAUGGAGCUACAAACCCAGCAACAAAUCGAGGAUGGAGGAAACAACCAAGCAGCCGGGAGUAGUGCCAACACGGAUUUCUGGCGAAGCCGUACCAGGUGGAUUCCUACUCCAGAUCAAAUAAGAAUCCUCAAGGAUCUUUACUACGACAAGGGAGUUAAGACCCCAACUACAGAGCAUAUUCACGAGAUCUGUCUCCAGCUGCAACAGUAUGGACAGGUUGAGGGCAAGAACAUUUAUUUUUGGUUCCAGAAUGUCAGGGCUCGAGAGAAGCAGAUGAAGAGGUGCAAUCAGGCUGCUCAAGUGCCCAUGGGAACUAGUUCUCCUGGUACUGGUGGAUCCAUUGAUCUCAAUUUUGGGUCCACUGGUUCUACUGGUGCUGGUGGAUCCAUCGACAUCAAUUUUGGGCCAGCUGGUGGAUCCAUUGACAUCAAUUUUGGGUCCACUAGUUCUACUGGUGCUGGUGGAUCCAUUGAUCUCAAUUUUGGUUCCACUGCUUCUACUGGAGGACAAUCUUCCAUGGAACAACGAGGAGGAGUUCGCCAGGAGUUUGAAACUCUUCCUCUGUUCCCCGUGCACGGCGAGGACGUCUAUGGUAACCCGAAGACUACUUCCGAGGAAGGUAGCGCAUAUGAUUACUAUUUCGGUGGCUCAGGCGGUUACAACCGUGGAUCUCCAGUUUCUCUUGAGCUCAGCCUCAACCCAUCCGGAGCUACUGAUUAGGCUUAGUAUAGCGUAGUUCCAAUUUCCUUUUUGUAAUAUUAAAUCAAUAAGAUGGUGUGCAUGUUUUCUUUUC